AUGCUUAAGCAUAUAUUGUUAGCCACUGCAGCGGCUUUCCUAGUCUUGGACAUCGUCGCUGGAGAGUCCUGCAACAGUAAAGCACCUGUUGUCGUCCAUCCCACUCCUCCCGGUGUGAGCAAAUACGACUCGUUCGUGGUUCAAGUGCGCUCCAAUGCUCAUAAGAAACAAGAGUUCACUGUGCAACCGUUCCUUGUCCAAGUGGGCGAGGCCAAUACCACCAGCGGAGCGAGUAUCGUGCACAAUACUUCCGUCGCAUACUUUGAUUUCUGUGGCUCCGUCGAGGUGUCGUUGACUUACAACAAUGGCCCUAUACAUUCCGCCGUCGUCCGUCCGCAUUCAUACAACAUCGUUCCGAAAGUGCACGGAGACGUUAUCACUUUCUCGCUCGACUCUCCCAAGAACGUGGUGAUCCAGGUCAACGAUAAUAUCUGGGACGUGCUCAACCUUCUCACCAACCCUAUUGAGACUGAGGUGCCUAAUCCCUCGGAUCCGGGCAUCAUCUACUUCCACCCUGGUAUCAAUAAUAGCACAGGGGCCACAACAAACAAAUCACUACUCAUCCCGCCCGGUAAAACCGUCUAUGUAGCUCCUGGGGCUACCAUCACGCUUCCACUAGCUUUCCACAAUAUCUCUGACGCCAGCAUCCGUGGCCGAGGACUUCUGCUCAAAGCCCCUAUUACAAUCGAGUAUUCGUCUCGCAUUACAGUCCGCGACCUUGUCCUUAUCAAUACGAACAUCGGUGUCGCAGUCUCAUCCGAUGUGACCGUGCACGGGAUCCGGUCCUUCUCCAUCGGCGCAUGGGGCGACGGAUUCGACAGCUACUGCAGCCGCAACGUGCUGGUGGACAACGUGUUCAUGCGCAACUCGGACGACAAUAUCGCACUCUACCAGCACCGGAACAACUGGUCCGGAGACUCGAGCAACCUCACUAUCCAGAAUGCCGUGCUCUGGGCGGACUAUGCUCACCCCAUCAAUAUCGGAACACAUGGUAAUACACCCAACCCCGAGACGACGGACGGCGUCAUUAUCAGGAACAUUGACGUGCUCGACCAUCGCGAGCCGCAGAUGUGGUACCAGGGAUGUCUGGCUAUCAAUGCCGGGGACGACAACCUCAUCCAGAACGUGUGGGUGGAUGGGAUGCGCGUCGAGAACUUCCGCGAGGGCCAGCUGAUCAACCUGCGAGUCAUGUAUAACUCCAAGUACAAUACGUCGCCAGGAAGAGGGAUCCGCAAUGUGUAUAUCAAGGGAUUGCACUACGACGGUACCAAUGCUAAUCCGUCGCUAAUGUUGGGGUAUGACGGUCAGCGCAACAUCACCAACGUCACCUUUGAGGAUCUCGUAGUCAACGGCAAGAAGAUCUUCGAUGGAAUGAAGAAACCGACUUGGUACUACACUGCUGACUUUGUGCCUAUGUUUGCCAAUGAGCAUGUCCAUAACCUGACUUUUACUGCGUCGUGA